GAAGCAAAGUGUGUACAGAAAAGCAGUUUUGAUUUAGUUUGGUCUUUUAAAAACACACUAUUAUCGCAUUAUGUCACGUGUUAAAAUGUCCCCGAGUUCAUGAUCAGUGAGUCGUUCAUGAACGAUUCGUUCCUUUUGAACGAGUCGGUUCAACAAAUGAUUCAUUCAUUCAUUUUCUAAUGGAUGCGCAAAGCAAUAGGUUAUGUACAAAAACACUGAAUUAAGUGGUUCAUCUCUCGACUGUUCAGGUUCGUUCAUUUAUUUGUAAAGUGACUCUGAUAGACGCUACGCAGUGAAUUACACAGGACACAGAAUUGAGUAGUUUAUCUCAUGAGUCCACUGGUCCGGAGUCGUUCAUCCUUUUGUCACGUGACUCCCAUAUACGAUAUGAAGGUGAUUAAAGGAACGAAAUGAACUCCAAUCACUGUUCCCGCGCUAUUAUCUCUAAAUCUGAUGUAAAGUUCUAAUACAUCAUUUAUAACCUUCAAUUUCACUCCCCACAAUUUAAUAGAGUUCAGUUAGCAUUGUGAUUUAUUAUUAGCAUAGAGAUUCAGAUUUACCCUGUCACGCAUGCGCAAUGGGCACUAAUAACUUUCCCGGUUACCAUAGCAACGCUCAAACAUUCACCAAACACAAACAUAAACAGACUUUCCCGGACAUUUAAGGAAGAAACUGUAGACAUUUAGACUACGGAGAAGUACCGCUUACCAUUUUCUCAUUUCACUCGGUCUUAACCAGAUAAUAACACACCUGGAUAUGGUAUUUCAGAGGCGACUCGAGAUGCAAAAGGCUCUGGACGAAGACAGCAGCGUGUACGAGUACGACAGCGUGUACGACGACAUCCAGAAGCAAAGACUUGAGCGCAAUAAGAAGCUGCUUGGAGUUGCAGACAGAAAGCCCAAGUAUAUCACGCAGCUAAUGCGUGCUUUGGAGGAACGGAAGAAAGAGCAAGAGCGUCGCAACGACAGAAAGAUCCAGAAGCAGAGAGAAGCAGAGGGGGAGAGGUUUGGUAAUAAAGAAGCGUACGUAACCUCGGCCUACAAACAGAAGCUGAAAGAACGUGAGGAGGAGCUGGAGCGAGAGAAGAGAGCAUCAGAGAUCGAGGCCACCUUGGAUGUGAAGAAGCAGAAGGACCUGAGUGGAUUUUACAGACACCUUCUGAACCAGACUGUAGGAGAGGAGGCUCUUCCUGAUCGUAGUGCUGAUCGGAAAGAGAAAUCGAAGAGAACGAUUGAACCGUCAGCACUGCGAGGAAACGAUUCACCAAAGGCAGAGUUCAGCAAAAGUGGCGGCAACAGCAGCCACUCCAAAUGGCAGUACCACCAGCGUACUGCCAAAAGGGCUGAAAAUGCUGCUCAGACCAACGCAGCAGAGCCAAGCAAAUAUACAAAAAGGAGUAAUGAGCAGACGGUGAGCUCGGCGAGAGAGAGAUACCUGGCCCGACAGAUGUCUCGCUCGGCUGUAAAGAGCUAUGUGGAGGAGGAUGAAGUUUUAUAUUUAUUAUAAUAAAUAAAAAACUGAAUGUCUGUAAA